AUGCGUUCUCCCGCACGUCAAGCUGGUGUUCACAAAGCAGGCCUCAUUGUCGUAACAGUUCUUGGAUUUAUUACUACAUUUUAUAAAAUCUGGUAUCCUGCUGAAGUUGUUUUCGACGAGGUACACUUCGGCAAGUUUGCGGGUUAUUACUUGCAACGGAGCUACUUCUUUGAUGUACAUCCUCCUUUGGCGAAAUUAAUGAUAGCCGCGGUCGGAUAUCUUAUUGGGUAUGACGGCCAUUUCGAUUUCGCCAACAUCGGGGACAGUUACAUUGAAAACGACGUGCCGUAUAUCGGUCUUCGAAGCUUACCGGCGACAUUGAACGUGCUAAACGUGGCACUCAUCUACAGUAUCAUGAAACAGUCUGGCUACGUACCAAUAGUAUGUUUCCUGUCCUCUUGCAUGUAUUUGCUGGACAACGCUAUUGUGGCCCAGCAUCGACUGAUUAUGCUCGAUAGUAUGCUGAUCUUUUACAUGCUUGCCACCAUUUAUGCAUACAUCCGCUUCCGCAAAGUGCGACACCAGGAGUUUUCUGGUUCCUGGUGGUUCUGGCUUUUUGCUACUGGUACCACGAUGGCACUGACACUGAGCGUAAAAAUGGUCGGUUUGUUCCUCGUGGCCGCCAUUGGUAUCUCAGUAUUGGUGGAUCUUUGGGAAUUGUUCGAUUUGAAACGCGGUUUGUCCAUGAAACAUUUCAUGAAACAUUUCUAUGCCCGUGCGGUGGGGCUCAUUUUUAUCCCUAUUGUCAUCUAUCUUUUCUGGUUUCACGUCCAUUUUGCUGUCCUCACGGAAUCCGGUCCAGGUGAUACAUUUAUGAGUGCAGCCUUUCAGGAAACGUUGCAAAACAGCGCCAUCAAAAUGAAAUCACUUGAGAUUGCUUACUUUGACAACAUCACGUUGAAGCACAAGGAUACGGACGUUUACUUGCAUUCGCACAAUUUGCACUAUCCUUUACGCUAUGAUGAUGGACGUAUUAGUAGUCAAGGACAACAAGUGACCGGUGUAAAGGAGGUCGAUGAUAACUGCUAUUGGCGGGUGAAGCCUACAAUAACGCUAGACGAUGAAGAUGAGCGCGUGUAUGUGCGUCACGGUGAUAUUAUUCAACUUGAGCAUAUUGGUACCCAACGAAUCUUGUUAACGCAUGAUGUGGCAUCCCCGUUGAUGGCGACGAAUGAGGAAGUCACCACGGUGGCUGAAGGAGAAAGAUAUAAUGAAACCUUGUUCCAAGUGUUACUGGAUGACCAUGACAACGGUGACAUUUGGCAAACCCACAUGAAAUCUGUGCGUCUUUUGCAUAUGGAUACCAAGGUCACCAUUUGGACUCACGAUCAAGCUCUGCCGGAUUGGGCUCUCGGUCAGCAAGAAGUCAAUGGAAAUAAGAACAUUUUGGACAAGAGCAAUUACUGGAUCGCUGAUGAAAUUAUGGGCAUGAAUGGUAAAGUGUCUCCUUCUACGGAGAUCAACAUGGAAAAGAAAAAGGAGCUCCGUCGAAUGCCAUUUUUGCGCAAAUUUUUCGAGCUUCAAGGACGCAUGCUGAGCCAUAAUGCCGGCUUGACCAAACCCCAUCCUUAUCAAUCGCGACCGAUUGCUUGGCCUUUUAUGAUUCGCGGUAUAUCGUAUUGGUCAAAGAAUGAUACAAGAGAACAAAUUUAUAUGACGGGAAACUUGUUUGGAUGGUAUAUUUCGAUCGGUAGCUUGGCCGUGUUUGCAGGUAUCAUACUCGCUGACACGCUGGCUCGAAGAAGAGGCAUUGAACCUGUCGAUGAACCUCUCCGACACCGUCUCAUCAAUUCUGGUGGUUUCUUCGUGAUCCUGUGGUUGACCCACUAUAUUCCUUUCUUCGCUAUGGGUCGCGCUUUGUUCCUCCAUCAUUAUCUUCCUGCCGCUGCUUGCAACUAUUUGGUGCUUGGGGCCAUUUUCCAGUUUAUGUUUGUUGAUGGUGUGGAUUCACCGGUAUCAAGUUUGCAGCGAAAUGACAGCGCCAAAGAAGCGCGAUCGCAGUAUGUAGUGCGUCAAACCCCCAUGAAGGCCUAUCCCACUACGAAGACGUACGUGAUGGCCGGAAUUUUCAUCCUGUUGCAAUUGGCCGUAUUUCUGUUCUUGGCUCCCAUCACCUACGGAACGCCUGGGUUAUCGGUGCCUGAAGUUUUGAAACGUAAAGUGUACAGUAGCUGGGAUCUUCAAUAUGGUAAGCCAACAUCAAAUGGAUCAAGCGUUCCACAUGAGGAUAUAUAUUGA